AUGUCUGGUCGCGGUAAGGGUGGGAAGGGCCUGGGGAAAGGAGGUGCCAAGCGCCACCGGAAGGUUCUGCGUGAUAACAUCCAGGGGAUUACGAAGCCCGCUAUCCGACGCUUAGCUCGGCGUGGCGGGGUGAAGCGUAUCUCCGGCCUCAUCUAUGAGGAGACUCGUGGGGUGCUGAAGGUGUUCCUGGAGAACGUGAUCCGGGAUGCCGUCACCUAUACCGAGCACGCCAAGCGCAAGACUGUCACCGCUAUGGACGUGGUUUACGCGCUCAAGCGCCAGGGACGCACUUUGUACGGCUUUGGCGCUGAGAGGUUCUUAAGCACGCUGAAGUUUGAGACUACUGGCAUAGAACUUGGCUGGAUUUCGACAUUCAAUGCCUCCAUUUAUCAUAAGCUGGUUCCCAUUUAUGUUAUUUAUAAUUGGAACUGCUUAUGUAUGGCUCGCACUAAGCAGACCGCUCGCAAAUCCACAGGCGGUAAGGCGCCGCGGAAGCAGCUGGCCACCAAGGCGGCCCGGAAGAGCGCGCCGGCCACGGGCGGCGUGAAGAAGCCGCACCGCUACCGGCCCGGCACGGUGGCCCUGCGCGAGAUCCGCCGCUACCAGAAGUCCACGGAGCUGCUGAUCCGCAAGCUGCCGUUCCAGCGGUUGGUGCGCGAGAUCGCCCAGGACUUUAAGACCGACCUGCGCUUCCAGAGCUCGGCCGUGAUGGCGCUGCAGGAGGCGUGCGAGGCCUACCUUGUGGGGCUCUUCGAGGACACCAACCUCCUCCAGGUUUUCGGCAUGUCUGGUCGAGGCAAAGGCGGUAAGGGCCUUGGAAAAGGGGGCGCCAAGCGUCAUCGCAAAGUUCUGCGCGAUAACAUCCAGGGCAUCACGAAGCCCGCUAUUCGCCGUCUGGCCCGGCGUGGCGGUGUGAAGCGCAUUUCUGGUCUCAUCUACGAGGAGACCCGCGGGGUACUGAAGGUGUUUCUGGAAAACGUAAUCCGGGACGCCGUCACCUACACCGAGCACGCCAAGCGUAAGACUGUUACUGCCAUGGACGUGGUCUACGCGCUCAAGCGCCAGGGACGCACCCUUUACGGCUUCGGCGGCUGA